AUGGCAAUGAUCAAUGAAGAUUCAAGCCAGAUAUCGCUAACAGAAGAGCAAGAAUCUUUACUAUUAGAUUUACGUGAUCAAUUUCGCUCUAUCAUAUCAACGUGCGUGUUUUUAGAAACCGUUCCACGACGUAUCAGAACUUGGAUAAAUGAAAAAAAUCAAAACGUCCAAAUUCAGAUCACCGAAGAACUCUUAUUUUCCACUUUAUUGAUCGGUGUUUCUGAAAAGCCACUUUUAUUCGAAUCACUAUUAGCAUUCUUUUACGAUCGUGGAAUUGGCACCACGCAAGACCGGACGCAAGCUUUAGAACUCUACGAAAGAAGUGCCAACACCGGAGAUCCAUUAGCACAAAAUGAGUUGGGAUUUAUCCUUGAACAUAGGGACCCUACCCUCUCGCAAUACUGGUAUCACAAAGCAGCAAAAUCCAGGUGGCCGGAUAGUUUUGAUAAUUUGGGGCGAAUUUAUUUCAGUGGAAAUGGUGUCAAUCAGGAUUUUCGUUAUUCUGUAUAUUACUUUAGACUUGGUGCGGGAUUAGGGCUUGCCAAUUCUCAACUCAAUUUGGGGUUGCGCUAUCAGAGUGGUGAUGGGGUGGUGAAAGAUUUACAUUCGGCGAUUCAUUGGUUUCAUAAGGUAUCCAAGAAUUCUCAAGAAUUGGAAAUUAGGACAACUUUGCAACAAACCUUUAGAACUGGUUAUUACAUGUAUUAA